GUCACGUCGCAUUCUCCACCACAACGCCAGCUCGUGUUGGGCCGCGCCGAGAAUAGCUAUAGCUCUGCUGUAUAAUCAGCGCCACCUGCAUCUGCCUGCGACUGGUCACGUCCUAUAGUGAAUUGAAUGAGCCGCACCAUCUACCCCUCGAUCCGCAGCGAUACUGGUUAUAACAUGCAGCAACCAGCCGCUCAGGACCAUACCAAGCCGACCAUCGAGAUGAGCUUAAGGGAACAUCUCCUCGCCGCCGGCGCUGGUCAGUCCAGUGCGCCAACGCCUAUCCAGCAACAGCCUCAUACCGGCGGGCCCCAGCAGCACAUCGAUCCGGCCAUCGCCGGCUCACAGCACUACAUGAGCCAAGCCGACCCCAACGACGACCCCGAAGGGCGCAAGGGACGACGAGAGCUGUCGACCAGCAAGCGUGCCGCACAGAACCGAGCUGCCCAACGCGCCUUCCGCCAGCGCAAAGAAGAGUACAUUAAGCAGCUCAAGGACCAAGUCAAGGAGUUCCAGCACCUAUGCGAGCUGUACAAGACCCUGCAGGGCGAGAACUACCAGCUCCGCGACUACAUCAUCAACCUUCAAUCGCGCCUGCUCGAGACACAGGGCGAAGUGCCUCCUGCGCCAGCAGGCGUCGACCUGUCCAACCGACCGCACCCCGAUCCGAUCAACUUAAACCCCCCGGGUCUCCAGCAGCCGGCAUAUUCCCAGCACCAGCCCGAGCCGCAACAGUCGCAACAACAAAGCCCCGGCACCAGUAACAACGGCGGGCUUUCAGAGCGACAGAUAGGCGAACUGCAGAUGGCCGCUCAAGCUGCCGCCGCAGCCCAGAACGGCCCAAAUGCAGGCAAGCACCCUAUCCAGUUCGAGACAGGCGACCACUCUGCCGAGAAGCGCGCCAAGGUUGAUGGCGAAGCAUCGCAAGGUCAGCAGCCUGAGCAGCCCCUCCUCAAUCCGGCUCCAAAUGCUUAUUGAAGGGCAGACGAGGAGUGACGUGCUGACCUACGGCUCGCAAUACACGAGGCGCAGGCCACGGUGUAUUGGUGUGCGAGUUGUGACAAUCAACCAGGUCGGCAAAACAAGAUUUAUACCCGGUGUUUUCGUGCUUUUUAGACCCGGGAUUAUGACUCCCGCAGGUCUGUCGUUUGUUCUUGGUUACGAUGUCAUGCAUAAGUACUAGAGACUUGUCCAUGGCUCUGGUGCUCGGGCCUGGUCUUGUCGUACUUGGCGUUAUGGUUUUCAUGUCGGUUC